GGCGUGUCGCGACGGGGCGGGAGAGUGAAAGUGACGUGUUGACGUCGGUGCUUGAUGCACGUCAGCGUAGACACAACACAAGGCCACGCCAUAUUGAAUUGAAUCAGUCGUCUGUUAAUUUUGGCCCGGAGUGAAGUGGUGUCCCCGGCUCGUAUUUUCCGUGUUUUGUGUUUUUCAAACUGUUUUUCGGCGUACGGCAAACGUCCGGAGGUGCGUUGCGGAUGGGAAGAUGUCGAUUGGGAUCGCCAGUGUCCAGUGCGUGCCCGGCUAGUGUGAGUUUUUAAGUCAGAAAAGUGUACGGUGUACAGUGUACAUACAGGAAGAUAAUCGAUUUGUCAACGCGAGGUUUAGAUUAGAAUUUUCGGUGCACUAAUUGACCCAAGGUGCGUUCGUCGGCGUCGGCCAGCUCGCGGCCGUAUCAUGUUUGGUGUCGUUUCAAUCGGCUUUUCAUGCAGAUCACGCGCGUGCUGACCGCCGGCCGCGAUUUUCACCCGCUGGACCGCACGAAGAGGAAAAAGGCCCAGCGGACCGUUUACAUCGUCGUCGUUCACCUUCUCGUUCACGUUCUCGUUCUCGUUCUCGUUCUCGUUCUCGUUCUCGUUGUUCAUUUGGAGCAGGAGACGCCGCCGCUCGUCGUUCGUGUCCCGUGUCCCGUGUCCCGUGUCAGUGGCUGUGUCGUGUCGGGCACGCGGUUCCCGGUUCCCUUUAGCCGCUGAUUUGUCGGCGGGCACAGUGCGGGAGACGUUAUUUACAUAAUUCCAUUGUUCGGCGUCACCGUCACCGUCGCCGUAACCGUUCCGUUUCCCAUUUUCACGCGAUUAUCAUCCGAAUUGGAUUGGAUUUUUGUUUGGUGCCCGCUCCACCGCUGCCCGCUCCCUGCUCCCUGGCUCCCUGCCUCCCUGCCUCCCUGCUCCACCUCCUCCCUCCCCCAAUCCACUCUCCACUCACAUAAGCGAACGAGAUUAUUUAUUUGAUGCUGAUGAAUGCACGCGGGAUCUGCGCUGGUUCAUGCAGGUGAUUGAUACGCCGGGCUCCCAUGGAAAAAAUGGAAAUUGAUGAUUCUGUUGUGGAUCUGAGUGUUAGUUGCAACAGAGCGUCGUCACCUUCCAGCAGCCAGGCGAGCGGCACGUCGGCGAGGGCCGCCACGCCGCCGACAGUCGCGCCGCCCCCACCUCCGCCGCCUCAGUCUCAGCAGCAGCAACAGCAGCAACAGCUGCAGCCGCCGCCGCCGCCCUCGCCGACCGUCGCCACAUCCCUGCCGGCCAUGGGUUACUCGCGGCGCGUGCUGAGGCCGCGCACCGAGCCGCGCAGCUACGUCGAAUCGCCCGACGUGCUGAUCAACGGGUCGCUGGACAAGCCGCGCACCAACGGCAAUCUAGACUACAGCAGCGACUCGAGCGAGGGCGAGAUGCCGCCGCUCGUGCCCAUCAAGGAGCUCACGCCCGAAGAGCUCAAACAGAGAGAACGCGGGCUGCGUAGGCUGCGCGAGGAGCUGCGCGUCGAGGAGAUGAAGCUGGUGCUGCUGAAGAAGCUGAAGCAGUCGCAGCAGCUGAAGGAGAACGUGGCCGUGCUGCCGCCGAGCAUACCGCAGUCGGCGCUGCCGCCCACCGGUCUGCCGAGCGGCCUGAGCAUCACGCCGACCACCGUGAAGGUGCCGCCGCCCGGUUCGAAGCAGCAACAGGCGCCGCAGGCGGCCCACUCGCGUCACCACGUCGCCUCGGGGCUGGCCGCGCUGGCCGGACAGCAGACGCCCGCCGCGGCACACAAGCCCGCCCAGGGUAGCGUACCAACCCUUCUCAGAGGGCAGCCGCCCAACUCGCGAGGAUUGCACCAGUCAUCGUUGGGAGGUCCGCAGAUGGGCGCACGAGGUACGAGCUUGUCGGUGCCCCAGCCGCCUCAACGGGGUACCCUGGGCGGCCGUUCCGGCUUCCCGGCGGGCAUCAAAGACCUGUCGCCGUCGGUCACCAUCACGCCGGCGCCCCCACAAAGCGUCAAGGACCGGCCCCGGGAGGAUAACCAGACACCGGCCCAGAGACAGGCCGCCGCCAAGCUGGCUCUUAGGAAACAGCUGGAGAAGACGCUGCUUCAGAUUCCACCGCCGAAGCCGCCGCCGCCAGAGAUGCAUUUCAUUCCGAACCCGAGCAACACCGAGUUCAUCUACUUGGUGGGACUGGAGCACGUGGUCGAUUUCCUGACGAAGGAGACCCGCUUCCCGCCGCCGCCAGCGCCCUUCUCCUGCAGCCAGUGCGGCCUCGACUUCACGCCCGUCUGGAAGUGGGAGAGCAAAGGCAAAGGGAAAAUUAACAAGGUGAUUUGCGAGCAGUGCGUCACCAACAACGUGAAGAAGGCGCUCAAAGCUGAACACACCAACAGGCUGAAGACUGCAUUUGUGAAGGCUCUGCAACAGGAACAGGAAAUUGAACAGAGACUUGCUCAAAACGGAGUCUUCACAUCGGGCAGCCCGGCACCGUCCCCGGUCACACCGGAACUGCCGCCAUCCACGUCGGCGGUACCGAAAUCGGCAACGCCCACGCCGGUGCCUCGGCACGCGGCCACACCACCGGCGCCGCCGCCCGCCCAACAAACACCCCCACCGUCAUCGCGUGGCUCGCAUUCCGGCAGCGCCGCCGCCGCCGACAAGUUCUCCCAGAGCGCGGCGGCCAUGCAGGCGUUACACCAACAGCUCCUAAGAAGUAUCUCGGCGGGCGCACCACCCUCGGCCGCCGCCCAUAUGCUCCAGUUCUCGCCGCUCUUCUAUCCGUACCAGUUCGCGGCGAUGGCGCAGGCGCAGGCCGCCGCAGCCGGCAGCACCGGCAACAAAUCCUCGUCCGCCGCCAACCCGAACCUGGUGGACAUGCAGCGGGCCGCCGCCGACAUCCACCGCCAGUACCUGCUGGACAUGAUCCCGCCCACUGCCGGUCAACGUCACAACUGGAAAACAUGAGGGGCAGGGCCGUCGCGGGGCGGCUGUCGCGACUGAUCUGUGAUCGCGACGUUUCAGUUGACGCGGUCGGUGGGCGGAGUCGUUCACCGCCCGUCCCAUCGGACGCUCCGACAGUGAUAGCUUUUAAGUUUUUUCUACGUUCGGUUCGCCUUUUCAGAUGAUCGGUACUCGUGGUCAUGAACCCAGUCUUUGGAAAGGCAUCCUUCCUCCUUCAUAGUGUGCUAUGACAUUUUUUUUCUUUUUAGGAAAGUUUCCUAUUAAAUCACUUUUUCACUUGUUUAGCCACGAACGACAUUUAUUUCCUCUCGUCACUGACGAAUAUUUGAUCAGACCGGAUCAGACUUGGAAGAGGCUCGUGAUACACAUUAUUAAUCAAUUAAAUUUCAAGUGAAACUGUGGCUUUUCCAAAGACAUGGAAUCAAUUAAUAAUAUAUUUAGGACAUGGUUAUGUAAAUAUUGGUUAGGGCUGUAUGAAACAACUACCACUACCACUACCACUACCCUUUGGAUAGAAUGUGACUAGUCAGCUGCUAUCUGAAAAGGCUCUAGAUAUAGUGUAUUCCAGAAGCAAAAGGUAAUAACGUGUCAAUUGUGACAAUAAUAAUUUUCGAAUGUACGCAUUCUCUUCCCGGGUUAAAUCAAAAUUAACUAAAGCUAUUUUAAUUAUCGUUAGUAAACACUAUAAAUGAAAACAAGUCCGGUAAUAUAUUUAUAUUACUUAGUCUCGUAGAGGCGCACAAAUAUUGAAUAGUUCAAAAAAUUCAUUAUUUCUGUGGGAUACAUUUCUAGUAAUGUGGGUUAAACCUGUGGCAUAAUUGUGUAUUGUUUGUAGUAGUAUAAGUUAUUCAUAGCUUUAACUGUCUUUCAACUAAAUAAAUACUGUGUUUACUUUUAUUUAUUUUGUAACUUUUGUCUUAAUUUUAUUAGGUAAAUUGUACAUACAUAUUUACGUUAGUUUUAAAAAUAUUCAAAUCGUUUAACCCGCAAACGUGUCCUCCGGAUGACUUUUUAACAAAUUCCUUAAUUAAACACACACACACAAACAUUAUUUAAUCAUCAAACACAACUGAAUAAGUUCCUCUUCUUAUACGACUGGUUUUUUGAAUGGUGUGUAUAAUUUUUUUUAGGUGUAGAUUAGUUUUAUGUGGCGCUAAAUCGUUCAUUUGGCUUAAGUAAGUACAAAUGGUCAUGCAAAUAUUAUUUGUAGUGUUUUAUGUUCACUUUUAUUUUGGGAGUUUCAACAAUUUUUUUUUGUUACAAUUAUUUUAUGUACAAGUGUAUAAAAAACUGUUUUAAAUAUAUUUUCUUUAAUUUA